AUGAGAAUGAAGUAAAUGAAGAAAAUAGCGCGAGAGUAGUCGAGGAUAAGGUGAAAAAAGAAAAGAAACAAGAAGGUUCGACUUUUAUUUUAGGGCAAAUUAUUUCUCAAAAUGAAUUGGCACUAGCACAAUCAAAUACCAAAUAUGAUAUUUUCGAUGAGUUUUUAGAGCUUGGUAUAAGUAAAUCCACCAAUAAGGCAAAUAAUGAGAAAAGGCGUGGUGUCGGUGUAGACGUAAAUGAUACGACUACCAAAAAUAACAAAAACGACAAGAAACGGGGAAUUGAAAAUGACGACGUUGUACGAAAAGAAACCACCACCAGACGUGCUUUAAAGGACAAAUCAAACAAAAAAAAUGAUGGCACGAAUAAAAAAAACGAAAUCGUUGUUAGAACUGCACUUGUAUCUGAGAAAAAUCGAGAUAAAGAUGUGUUACGUGUCGGUUUCAAGAUUCACGAGGAUAAUAGUGAGAUAGAACCUGGAGAGGUAAAGAAUAAAAAUGAAGUUCUAGUGAUCCUGGCCGACUAA